AUGGAUAACAGCAAUUACUGGGCACUUCCGCUCAUCAUUUUCUUUGUUUAUUGUGUGUAUGACGGCUUAGCGACAAGAAAGGCGAUCGGAAAGCACUCCAAUAUACCUUUUGUAGGCAGCCCCUUUACGGCAACGCCACGGUUUGUUCUAAACCUCCUGUUCGCCGUUAAGGCCACGGAUAUUGUUGGAUGGGGCUAUCGAAAGUUCAAAAACGGAUGUUUCCAACUUAUACGAAGUAAUGGAUGUGUUUUGUUUCUUCCAUUAUCGGUCCUUGAGGAGCUUUCAAACCUGCCUGCUACAGUGGCUAGCCCCAAUACUGCCUUAGAAAACGACCUACUUGGACAUUACACAGGACUGAGCCUCAUUCUAGAAAGUAGAGCUCAUCACUCUAUCGUUCAAAGGAGGGUAACGCCGCGUCUUGGCCUGAUGACACCUCGCCUCGAGGCAGAAAUACAUUCUGCAUGUAGCGAAUCUUUCCCCAACUCCCAGGAAUGGGUCGAGUUCCAGCCUUACAAGACAUUAGCUAAAGUGUCGGCGAGAAUUUCUGCACAGGCCAUUGUAACACCCGAGUUUGCCCAUGACCCCAAGUGGUUGGAGAUUUCCGUUGAGUAUACUGAAAACUUAUUCAAAACUAUUGUUAUCACACGGCUCUUUCCUUCGUGGAUGUACUCGUUCAUCUGCCGUGUUCUACCAUCCUUUUGGGCGGGUCGAACAUAUUUGCGAGAAGCCAAGAAACUCCUAGGCCCUAGAAUCGAGGAGUUGCUCCGGAUAAGCGAUGAGGGAACCUGGAAACCAGAGUCCAAUGAAUCUGACUCGAAUGUUCUCAACUGGCUUGUAGACACUGUAAAGGGGCGCGACCGCAAUGCGGACACUCUGGCCCACGUAGAGGUGCUACUCGCCCUUGCUUCUGUCCACACCACCCUUUUGAGGAUGGUUAACGUCUUAUACGAUAUAACAGCAUCAGGACUCGCCACAGAGCUUCGAUUAGAAAUUGAGGAAGUUGCCAAUCGUUCUAGAGUCUGGGAUAAAUCAUCUUACGACAGUCUCUAUAAGCUUGAUAGCCGUAUGUUCAACGAAGACUACACGUUUCAAAAUGGCUUGCAUGUUCCUAAGGGUACGUAUACGGCGAUGCCAAUCUACGCUAUCGAGAACGAUACUGCCCAUACCCCCAAUCCUGAUAAAUUUGAUGGGCUUCGAAAUUAUCGUCUCAUUAUGGAAAAUCAGGCCUCUGACAAGGCCGACGACGAGGGAAGAAGAUUUUUCUUCUCGACACCCGGCCGGACUGUUCUUAAUUUUGGGUACGGACGACACGCGUGCCCGGGGCGUCACUUCGCGAGCCUCGUACUGAAAAUCCUAUUUACUAAAUUCUUGACCGAAUAUGAAUUCAAGUUUUUACCUGGAGCUGGGAGACCUAAGAAUUUAUUGGCACACGAAUUCCUUUUCACGGCUCCAUGGCAGCGCAUGCUCAUUAGGAAGAAGGAGAAAGGAACUUGCCCCUUUUAA